AUGUGCACCGUAGCUCCUUUCGUCCUUCCCAGCCUCGCCGGCGCAGACAUGAUGAAGAGGACGACGAUGGCCACGACGCACGUGGAGGUCGCUCCUGCUGCGGUGCGCUGGUGCGACUAUGGCGUGGACGAUGACGCCGACAUCGACGCGUUGCUUCGGGACAUACACGCCGUCGUGCGCCCUCGCACCCCCGCUGCCGCGGACCUGCCGAUGCCGCCUCAGGAGUUUCUUGCGCGGUCUCGGCGACACAACUAUCACUAUGACUACGAGGACAGCGACUUCCAGGCCGUUCUCCACGGUAUUCGGAGCGUUCGGAUCCCAGCCGCCGGCUUUGCUUCUAUGCCGGUGGAUGCUUGUGACGGCUCCCCAAAGGACACCAGCAGCAGCAGUGGUGCUUGCAGCGCCGCUCAGCUACGGUGA